UGUUUAUGGUCCUGUUGCCUUCAACUAAGGACAGCGAAUGUGUAGUCAAGGGUCGAAUAUGCUGCUACGGCUACCCUAAGGCCUUUUCUGCCCUCUUAUCGCUCAAAUACUUAAUUCAUAAACUUCCCAGUUUGGUGGUUCCUGUGGUCUAUGUUGAGAUAGCGAUAUUGAGUCUUGCUGUUCCGUAUCUUUACACUCUCUCACAUCCCCUCCCAAGGUAUAGCGUCAUACCCGGCCAUACCCUGACCCUGGUCAAACUGCAACAGCCCAUCCUUCACCUCCUCAUAAAGCACAAGAACGCGGGCGGUUUUCUAUUACUCAAGAUUUACUCGACGAGAAUUGCUUUCCGGGCAAGCUCCCUUACGGCCCGCCCUCCAGUAGCCCGUCAUGGUCAGGCUUCGCAGUUCUAAAGCCGGCCACUGGGCUGACCGGCUAGCUGUUGAUCAUGAGGAGGGACUAACCACCGCACAGUUGAUGUUGACCAACAAUGAUUUGAAACCAGUGGAACCAGAGCGGCGACAAUGGGGUGCCUGGAACUUCGUCGGGUUCUGGAUCGCCGACUCUUUCAACAUCAACACAUGGAUGAUUUCAUCUUCAAUGAUCGUAGCUGGUCUGUCAUGGUGGCAAUCAUGGCUAUGUGUCUGGAUCGGCUACGCAAUCGCAGCCUGCUUCAUCUGUUCGACCGGUCGGAUUGGUGCCAUGUACCACAUCGGAUUUCCUGUUGUCAAUAGGGCAUCCUUCGGAAUCUGGGGAUGUCUGUGGCCAGUUUUUAACCGUGCGGCCAUGGCCUGCGUCUGGUAUGGUGUGCAAUCAUGGAUCGGUGGAAAAUGUGUAUACUUGAUGAUCAGAGCGAUAUGGUUAAGUUGGGAUCGUGAUACCAUUCCGAACACCUUUGCGGAAGGCUCAGGUGCCACGACAGCUGACUAUGCGUCUUUCUUCAUAUUUUGGUUCUGUUCGCUGCCAGCUAUUUGGUUUCCGGUCCACAAGAUUCGUCACCUGUUCACAGUGAAGGCGUAUUUCGUGCCAUGUGCCGGUAUCGCUUACUUCAUUUGGGCCAUUGUGCGCGCUGGUGGCGUGGGGCCUAUUGUGCACCAACCUUCAUCUCUUACUGGAUCGUUAUUGGGAUGGCAGAUAGUAAAAGGAAUCAUGAGCUCGAUUGCAAACUUUGCGACCCUCAUCGUUAACGAUCCAGAUUUCACUCGAUUUGCUGGAAAGCCUCGCGAUGCGCUGUGGUCGCAGCUCUUUACAAUCCCUAUCGGUUUCGCAGUGACGAGCUUCAUUGGUAUUAUUGUGUCUUCGUCGUCUACCGUUAUUUACCCUGGAUCCGAACCCAUCUGGGAUCCCCUCGAACUUCUCGAGAGGUUCAUCGAUGAUGGUGGCUCUGGUCAGCGUUUUGGUGUGUUCGUAAUUGCUGCUGCUUUUGCACUCGCUCAGCUGGGAACGAACAUCGCUGCGAACUCCGUCUCUGCUGGAACUGACAUGAGCGCUUUACUGCCACGUUUUAUCAAUAUUCGUCGUGGUGGUUACAUCUGCGCUCUUGUUGGUCUUGCUAUGUGUCCCUACACACUGCUCACAGACAGCAACCAGUUUACAACUUAUCUCAGCGCAUACUCUGUGUUCCUAAGUUCCAUCGCAGGAGUUAUGAUCUCGGACUACUACUGGGUUCGAAAAGGAUACUUUGAGAUCAAAGAGCUAUACGAUGCACGAAAGACUGGUCCGUACUUCUUUACAUACGGCUUUCACUGGCGGGCGUAUGCCGCGUAUAUCAGUGGUAUUCUCAUCAACGUCGUUGGUUUUGCAGGAGAGAUUGGACGUGAGGUCCCUGUGGGCGCCACCUACAUCUACAACCUCAACUUCUUCUGCGGAUUCAUCGUGUCCUCCGGCAUGUACUGGGGCCUUUGCAAACUAUUCCCUAUUCCAGCCACAAGUGAUAAAUGGAUGGAGGUUGGCGACGAGAUCACAGACGUUAGACUUGCAUAUGAUGGUAGUAGCCCCCAAGAAUUCGACGAGGAAGCCGUUAAGGGAACAAAGUAUGGCGAGGACUCCAAGCAUGUGUAAAUCUGGAGCAUCGUGCCUGAUGAGUGGAGUCAAUAUGAAAGAAAAAGUUAUGGAAUUUGGGUUUAGGCUUAUUUAUUCGUCUCAAUGAUACCACAGUUGCUACUCAUUAACGAA